CGGCUUUCAUUCUGGGGAUUGCGAUUGGCCGAAUUUGUAAUACGUUUUGUGAUGUUGUUUAUAUGCGUGGUGCCAGUCCGUAGGCUACUGUGAUAGGGAGGAAAAUCUGUGUUUUGGCACGUGUGUUUGAAAGCGGCUUCCCAAAUUCCAGCACCAUGUCCGAAGACGCGGGCUCCAGCCAGUCCCAGACGCAGUCCCAGCCUCAGACGCAGUCCCAGAGCGGCUCCAGCUCUUCCUCAGGCCCGGCGUCCGCCAGCCAGUCCUCGUCAUCCUCGGGCACGCUGAGCUCGGUGGACACCGCGCCGGUGAAGGACCUGCCGUCCAUUCCGGAGGAACCGGAGCCCCAGCCCUGGGGUCGUCUGCUCCCCAUGGAGAGAGGUUUUAAAGUGCACAAUUGCGUAGAGGAUCAGUACUGGUUUGGACGCGACAGGGGCUGCCACUACUGCUUCGAUGACCCAGUUUUAAAAAUGACUGAGAAGUAUACAACUUACAGUAAGAAACACUUCAGGAUUUUCAGGGAGGAUGAUAUUGUCUACAUUGAGGACACUAGCGGGAACGGGACCUUUGUGGAUGGAAUACUCGUUGGGAAGGGAAAGCGGCUUCCCCUCGCCAACAACGCCGAGCUGGCACUUAGUCAGCCCCGCCACAAAGUGUUUGUGUUUAUCGACCUCAUGGUGGACGAACAGUCGAACCUCCCUAAAGAGUUCACGGAAAAGUACUUGCUUUCUAGAAAGAUUGGAGUAGGAGUGUGCGGAGAAGUGAAGCUAGCAUUUGAAAGGGCUACGUGCAAGAAAGUGGCGGUCAAGACGAUUAGCAAAAAGGAUUUUCCGUCCGUCGGAACUGCCUCGCGAAAUGCGGAGAGGGAGAUCGAAAUCCUGAAAAAAAUAGACCAUCCUUGUUUAAUAAAGACAGAGGACUUCUUCCAAACAGAUGAAUCAUACUACAUUGUAUUAGAGCUCAUGGAAGGCGGAGAGCUCUUUGACAGAGUGAAAGCUAAAAAACAGCUCCCCGAGCCCAUUGCCAAGAUGUAUUUUUAUCAGAUGCUGCUGGCAGUCGAAUACCUCCACAGUCAGGGAAUCAUUCACAGAGACCUGAAACCUGAGAAUGUCCUCCUCGCCUCAAACAAUGAUGUCUGUCUCAUCAAGAUCACGGACUUCAAUCAGUCCAAGAUCCUGGAGGAGACGGCGCUGAUGAGGACCCUGUGCGGCACGCCCACCUACCUGGCGCCGGAGGUGUUCACCGACGCCGUGACGGUGGGCUACGGCCGGGCGGUGGACUGCUGGAGCCUGGGGGUCCUCCUGUUCGUUUGUUUAUCCGGGUAUCCCCCAUUCCACACGGAAGAGAUCGGAAUGUCCGUGCGGGACCAGAUCACACAGGGAUGCUACAGGUUUAUCCCAUCGAUUUGGGCCAAGGUGUCCGAGGAAGCCAAGGAUCUUGUCAAGAAGCUCCUGGUGGUCGACCCCAAAAAGCGACUGACCAUUGAGGAGGCACUCCAGCACCCGUGGAUGCAGGAUGAGCAGAUGAAGGCCACUGCCUUUGAGGUGAUGUACCCGGAUGGAGGAGGUCCAAGGCCCUCCACCAGUCGCAAAAGGCCUCUGGAAGACCAGGAAGAACAGCCAGGGAAGAGAAGGCCAGGUCCACCUUCAGCCGCAGCUGAAUGAGAACACUACCUCCGACCAUUUAACCUUUUUUAAAUAGUUUUUUUUUUUUCAUCCUUUGUCUGCCGAAUCAUUCACAAAUUACUGUCCCUUAUAUUUCGGUUUGAUUUGUUUAAUAAAUUAUACCUUUUGUA